AUGUCUGUGGAGGUGAAGACAGAGCCAGAUGCCAAGCCCCAGGAUGGGGCAGCAGCACAGGGCCAAUCGAUCAAGGACAGGAUCGAGAUGGCUUUCUUCGAGGCCACCAAAGAUGGCCACAUCGGUGACAAGAUGUCAAUGUGGUUUCCACACACUGUGGAGGGCCAGACCGAGUUUGCCAGGGUCAUGCUGCAUUAUGUUGGCCUUCCGGAAGUGGCCAAGUAUGUGCAGCCCCACCGGGCGAUCAACCACAUUCCUGGAGACUCCAAGACGGGAUCCAGACAUGUGUGCGAGGACAUCACUCCGGAGGAUUUGGCCCGGGACGAAGGCAUGGCCAAGUGUGUGGCAACUCUGAAGUAUCUAAAGGGCAAUUUCAAGAGGCACGAGCGCGAAGAAGAGUACCUCUACGAUGCUCUUGCGUUGACCCAGCGGACCGGAGAGAAGCAACAGGCGAGUCCGAUUGAGUUGGUCAGUGUGUUCAGCGAGGCGAUUCGCCUCAAGAAGCGGUCCCUCGGAGCCAAAUCAACUCGCGACCUGCUGAACCUCUGUGUCCAAGAUUACAACAAGGGGCAGAAGAUGAAGCAGGACACCGUGAAGAUCAUCUACAAUGUUGUUCGGUGCCCCUUGGUCUUCAAGGAGACCUUGAUGACCAUGUACAGCGACUACCGGCACUUCAACGCAGGUUGGGGGGUUUGCGAUGACACUCCGCCGCAGAACCAAACUUGUGCAUUGUAA